UGUGGAGCACAUAAGAGGCUCCCUGUGUGCCACCCUCUCAGCAUUCAGGACCAGAGUGUGAAGGAUCCAACUAUUCUGCCUUCCAGCUCAGCAGAGCUCGUCUCAGCGCCUCCAGCCCACCGUCCUGUCCGCCCGCCGGCCGCCCCUCGCUGUCUGCCAGCCGGACUUGUUUCCAGGGAACUUAACGGGAUCAGGAGAGGCUGCGAGCGUUCAUCAAGUGGUGGAGCGGUCAGAGCAGCCAGAUGGUCAUGGCCGUGUCCCAGGAGCGGAGUGUGCGUCUGGGGCUCUGGGUGCUCCUUGUGCUUGGUGCCGGCAUGGAGCAGGUGGUGGAGGGAUGCAGCUGCAACCCAGCUCACCCACAGCAGCUCUUCUGCAGCGCCGAGAUCGUAAUAAGGGCAAAGGUCUCUGGAGAGAAGAUAGUGUCGCCUAGCAACAGCUCCUCACCUUACAUGAAGAUGAUCCAGUACGAAAUCAAAAUGAUCAAGAUGUUUAAAGGCUUCCACAAGGCCAAGGACAUCCAGUACGUGUACACUCCGGUCUACUCCUCGCUGUGUGGAGUCAAACUGGACUCCAACAACAAAGCCGGCUAUCUGCUCUCAGGAAGUAUGUGGAGCGAUGGGAGGAUUUCUAUUGGCCAGUGUGACCUGGUGGAGUCUUGGGACAACCUAUCGCUGUCACAGAAGAAGAACCUCAACUACAGAUACCAGAUGGGCUGUGAGUGCAGAAUCAACACCUGCUACACGGUGCCGUGUGCGUCUACAGGAGAUAACGAGUGCUUGUGGACUGACUGGCUGCUGGAUAACAGCCUAAACGGGGAGCAGGCUCGAAAGUACGCCUGCAUCCACCGCUCCAACACCACCUGCAGCUGGUACCGGGGUGGAAAUCCGCCGGAGAGGGACUUCUUGGACAUGACCGACCCUUGACCUGUAAUCCUGACACUCAUUUUACUCAUUCUUUCUCCUAAAAUGCCUCAAAAAAAGAAAAAAAAACAAAAAACAACCUGCUUUGACUUACGUAGUUUGGAUUUGGCGUGCAGAGUAGCGUCUGAUUUCUUCUGAAGAUUUGGCAAAUUUUACAUUUGUGGGUGCUUCACUUGACGCCUGAUGUUCAUGUGAUUCCUGCAGCGAAGCUAGGAACCUUUUUACAAACUCCAGGGCUUCAGCGUUCCUCUGACUCAUUUCUAGCUCUCACACGUUCCACAGAACAAGAAUAGCAGCAGACCUUCCACAGCAAAUCUCUGCCUGGUGGGAAAUGCACAACCUUAACACAAGAUAGGUGCAAUAGGAUACGUAGCAAAAGAAGUUGUGCAUUUGCUGAAAGACGUGUGAGGAAGUUGUAUAAUUACUGCACAGCAACAGGAGGAAGGUAGUAGAAGGAAGCUGCCACAGUCUGGCCCUGCAGAGUGAACUCCACACAGCACAGAUCAGUCCUAGAUGCCCCGCAGCAGCACUGCCACCUGCCCCCUCAUGCCCUGGGACUGAAUCUGUCACCUUCUUAUAUAAAACCCCAGACAGUAACUGCCCCAUGCAAAUGACAACAGAGUGCAUACAGAGCACCGUGGGAAGGCUUCAGGCACAGAACAGAAGUAGCUCAAUGGAUGUUUCAUUGGUCAAGUUCCCACCAAAUGCAGCGAACAGAGAAACUCAUCAGUCGGUGGUGUGACCCCCUCUGCCCUGACAUCAGCAUCAGCUCUCCUGGUUGCACACAGGCUUUCUGUUUCCUAUCAGAUAAGCUGCGCCUGUGUUUCUUCAUGUCAGCUCAGCACGGCUCCAUGAUGCUGAAUGCAGGGUUCUGUGUGGCUGCACCACCUGUUCCAGAACCUCCUCAUCUUGUUCAGCUAAAGUUAGCUCUUCAUGAUGAGAUCAGGACAGUAUGUGUCAAUCGAAACAUCUAAAGUGCCUGAAACCCUCCCACCGUCCCGUAUGCGCAGAAACAAAGCGACACCAGACGCGCUGCAGCUAGUUAUACUCUGACUAAAUAUAAAUCUGACAUAUGACCCUAAUUCUUGCACAUCAAAAUCAUCACUGUUUUAUUUCCAGUGUCAGAGGCUGUAAAUACUGUACUUCAGUGGGAAUUAACAUUUUAAAGGCUAACCAAACUUCUCUCGUAGCGUAGGGAUCCUUAUCUUGUGCUUUCUUGUGUGUUUAGCGUCCUUGGUUGAACUCUGUACUAUUUCCUGUGCCAAAAAUCUAAUCCAGCGCUUUAACAACAGCACUGCCACCUGUAGAAGCCAAGCCGCCUCUCCUUAGAGGAAAUCACGUAACAGGACACGAUUCAAUUCACGUUUUAACUCCUUAAAGAGCGAGCGUGAGAUAGAACGCAUUCUGGCCCCGGACGACAAAAAGAGCCUUAACUGAUAGUCACAGUGAUUAAUGAUUAAAACGCUGUCUGAUAUAACAACUGAGCAUUUAUUAAAAGACCGAAUCAGAAUUGACCCCUGUCUUGUUACUGGAUCACUUCACUGAAGUCACACAGAUUAAAAUGCAUUAUGGUGAGAUCACAUCAGUCAGCUCAACAACACACACGUUAAACCUGCACCAUGCAUCAGACACACACACACACACACACACACACACACACAUUAAAGUAAAGGAAAAUGAAGUGUUCACAGCCACAUGUGAUGGCUGUCUGAUGACAAUGCAGAGUAACUGUGAGGCUUCAGUGGAGAGUUAAACACUCUCAUGUUUGUUUUAUAUUGAAGAAUUGUUUGGGUUUGUAUUUAAGUCUCUGUUUCUGUCUUAAAUAGAGUUUUCUAUUUCCAUGUACCAAAAAAGAUUGUAUAUAAAGUGUCUCAGUGGAA